AUGAAUUUAAUGGAAUCAAUUGAAGAGUGUAAUUUAUUUGUAUUAAAUAAUGGUUCCCCAACACUUGUGUUUAAAAACACUAAAACUGUAGUUGAUGUUACAGUGUGCUCUUCUGAAAUAUUUCAUUUAAUAACAUGGAAAGUAAUAGAGGAAAAUUUAGGCUCUGAUCAUUAUCCUAUUUAUUUUUAUUUGGAUAUAGUGAAAAGUAACAGGAUAUUGAUUCCCAAUAGAAAAUGGAAUUGUGGUAAAGCUGAUUGGCAAAAAUAUAAAAUAAUGAUUGAACAUGAAAUAUUAUCAUUGGGCAAUCAUUUAGAUAGUAACAUUUAUGAAAAAUUCACAAAUAUUAUAAAUCAAACUGCGGAAAAAUGUAUACCAAUAAAUAAAAUGUUAACAAUAUCUCAAGUGAGGAAACCAGUGUGGUGGGAUGAAGAAUGUUUUAAACUGGUAGAAGAACGAAGAAAAGCAGAAAAGAACUUUAGAAGAAAUUCGAGUUUAGAAAAUUUUCUUCAGUGUAAUAAAAUUAAAGCUAAAAAUGAGAAGAAUUCAGAAUUGAUUAAUGAUAAAGUAGUGGAAGAAGUAGUUGAUAAUAUUGCGCCCUUUGGAGUGGGUGAUGAUAUUUGUAAAUAUCUUAAAGGAAAUAGAGUAACAGGUUCGGUAGAAAAGUCAUUAAUUAGACCAUUUUCAUUAUGGGAAUUAGAAAAAUCUUGGAGUAAAAUCAAAGAUACUGCUCCAGGAUUAGACAACAUUCAUUAUUCUAUGUUAAAAAACCUUCCACAGUCCGGAAAAGUAAUUCUACUCAAAAUUAUUAAUAAGUAUUGGCUGUCACCGAAUGAAAUUCCUGAUUGGAAUAAAUUUAGAGUUAUUUUAAUUAAAAAGAAGAGCAAUAAUUCUGAUGAUAGCAAUGCAUAUAGACCAAUUACUUUGGCGUCAUGUAUUGCUAAAAUAAAAGAUAGGAUGAUAAAAAGAAGAGUCGAGUGGUGGAUUGAAAACAAUCAGUUACUGCCCAAAAGCCAAUUUGGCUUUAGAAAAGGUUUAAGCACACAAGAUAGUCUAAGUAUAUUUUCCACAGACAUACAUCUAGCCUUUUCAAGAAACACUUAUGUCGUUGCACUGUUUUGCGAUAUAAAGGGUGCAUACGAUAAUGUGGUGCCGGGAAAAUUAGCAGAAAGUCUUGUACAUGCUGGCUUACCAGAAAAAUUGAUCAAAGCUAUGGUAUAUACUACCUUUAAUAGAGAAAUAGAAGUUAAAAUAAAUGAAAAUGCAAGGAUUGGAAGAGUUCUUCGACAGGGUCUACUUCAAGGAGCUAUCCUUAGCCCUUUAUUAUAUGCUCUAUAUGUACGGGAUAUAGAAGGUAUAUGGUUGGAAGGUACGAAAAUUCUACAAUAUGCAGAUGAUUUAUUGAUCUAUAUUGAAAAAGAUAAUUUGAAAGAGGCCAUCGAUAUGAUGUCUAUGAAUAUGGAAUUGCUGCAUAUUUGGUUGAAUGAGAAAGGUCUGGAACUAUCAGAUGAUAAAAGCUCCAUAGGAAUAUUUACGAGGCAUUCUAACAAAAAGUUCCCAGCUUGUAUUUCAAGUCCAUUUAAUACAAUUAAAAUUCAUUGCAACAAUAAAUUCCUAGAUGCAGAAGUUAUAUUUACGGAUGGAUCGAAGGAUAUGGACAAUGUAGGUUUUGCUAUAUAUAAAGAAACCGAUCAAACAAGUGAAUGUUACAAGUUACCAGGGUGUGUUUCUGUCUAUACAGCGGAGUUAUUUGCAAUUAAGGAGGCCAUAAGAAAAGCUAAAGAACAGAAUUAUAAUAAAACAAUUAUAAUUACGGACAGCAUGAGCUGUAUCAAUAAAUUACAAGUGUUUUUUAGAGACCUAAAUUUAGAAGAAAAAAUUUAUUUUGAUAUCUUGCAAGAUUUGGAGAAAAUUAAAGAAAAUGGAAAGGAUAUAAGAAUAGGAUGGGUAAAAGGUCACUCCGGAAUUUCAGGAAACGAAAAAGCUGAUGAAUUAGCCAAAUACGCUUGCGUAAAGGGAAUGGAAUAUAACCAAGUAUUAAAUAAAGAUAUAAUAAAAGUUAUGAAAAAUAAAGCAGUUAAUAAAUGGAAAACGGAUUGGCAAAUAACAUCAAGAUAUAAAGGAAAAUAUUAUAAAGGGGUUAACGACUUUGUUAAAAAG